GCUUCAAACAAAACAAACCAAACUUUUCUAACGCAAACUUUCUCUCUCCUUCUGCACGCCACAUCUUCCCAUCAUGAAGAAGUCCGGCCUCCUCGCCGCCUCCGUCGCCGCCGCCUCCGCCACCGCUGCCUCUAUCUCCUCCUCUUCGCAUCAGGUUUUCUUUCUAACUCCUUCGAUUUUCCGUGGCUUCCGUUUUGUUGCGUGAAACUCGUGUGAGAAAGUGAAACUUUUUUCGCAGGAUGAGAGGCGAGGCCACGAGAACAACACUUCGUCGCAGAAUUCGUCUUCUACGGAGAAAUUCGCUCCCAGAUUCGAUGGCUUGCGCUUCAUUGAAACCCUCGUAACUGCCCAUAGAUGAGCUUCACUUCCCCCAAUUCUCACCCUCCACCUUCAUCUUUUUUUUUUCUUUUUUUUUUUCAAUUUCGCCCUUUAGAGACCAAUUCAUCUAUGUCAAAUUUUUCAUAUUUUUUAUUCUUAGGAGAAUUAAUGAGAAAAAAAAUAUUGUAAUUUUACGGGAUUAUACUGUACUUUUCUUAUUUGCCCUUUCUCGGAAAUUAAAAAAAAAAAAGUUUGAGUUUUUAGGUUUCUGCUUA